CGAGCGCUGCCGUUCUCGCAGACGACAACGGGCCGUUCGACGUUCCACCGGCCUCUGCCAUCUCAUCUAUCAGCAAGCCCACUAGCCCUUUCACCGCACUGCGCAUCUGCGCCCGAUCCGACCCUCGUCACUUUGCUCGACCGAAUCCCUCUACGCCUUCCGACAGCGUAUACAUGACGGUCUCGCCGUUCGCUCCCCGUCAGACGAUCUAGCCUUCGGGCUGAGGUGGAAUUCGCAUCGUCCCUUAACAGCCAACAAUCACACACCUCGACCACAUCAUGGCGAGCUCCCGGGAUGCCGGUCCCCAGGGCAUCCGGAGACCAAGGCGGACAACAGUUGGGCAGUUCGUCAUCGAGAAGGAGAUUGGCAAAGGAAGCUUCGCUCAAGUAUACCAGGGUCUACAUAGGGACACCAAACAAAUUGUAGCCAUCAAAUCGGUCGAGCUAGAGCGCUUGAACAAGAAGCUCAAGGAGAACCUCUACAGCGAGAUCCAAAUACUCAAGACCCUGCGACAUCCACAUAUCGUUGCCCUACAUGACUGCGUGGAGUCAUCGACACAUAUCAACCUCAUCAUGGAGUAUUGCGAGCUCGGGGAUCUCUCCCUAUUCAUCAAGAAGCGGGAGAAGUUGAUUACGCACCCGGCUACCCACGACAUGGCCCGGAAAUACCCCAGUGCUCCCAACUCUGGUCUUCACGAAGUUGUCAUCCGCCACUUUCUUAAGCAGUUGGCAAGUGCGCUUGAGUUCUUACGGCUGAAGAACUACGUUCAUCGUGAUGUGAAGCCUCAGAAUCUCUUGCUUCUACCCGCGAAAUCAGCACGACAGCAUAGCAACACGCCAGUCAUGGAGGGAAGCCACAACUCGUUAAUACCUUGCGCGGGGUUAGAGUCUCUACCAAUGCUGAAGCUAGCCGACUUUGGCUUUGCCCGAGUUCUGCCAUCGACAUCGUUAGCAGACACUCUCUGCGGUUCCCCGCUGUACAUGGCGCCAGAGAUCCUUCGUUAUGAGAGAUACGAUGCCAAGGCUGAUCUAUGGUCCGUGGGAACCGUGCUGUAUGAAAUGAUUACAGGACGGCCCCCUUUUAAGGCAAGGAACCACGUGGAACUUCUGAGGAAGAUAGAGGCUGCUGAGGACGUCAUCAAGUUUCCCCGCGAAGUCACGGUCACUGCUGACCUGAAGGCCCUUGUACGAGCACUGUUGAAGAGGAAUCCCGUCGAGCGCCUGAGCUUUGAGAAUUUCUUCCAGCACCCCGUCGUCACUACCGACAUCCCAGGGUUGGUGGAAGAUGAUGCCCCAAAAGCAGCACCUCCACCCAAGGCAGAGUAUGAACAGCCAGCCGGGAAUUUGUCGCGAGCAAGCUCACGCCGACACACUGAAAGAGAUGCACCCCGCGAAAUCGCCUCGAACGAACGAAUCCCUCUGUCUUCGAGCCCUAGUCAGGUACGGCCCAACACAGGCAAGGGGGCAGAAGAACGGCCUCCACGCUCGUCUCCUCGUGAGGAUGGAGAAGGUCUGGGCAUUCGAAGGCCUGUUCCACAACACUCCGCCACAAUGCCUGUACAACCGCGCCCAGCCGAAACAACCUCGCGUCGCAAUACUGUGAAUCCGGACGUGCGACCCUACAGUGGUCGUAAAGUCCCAACUGGCCGCACGCCGGAGGAGGAAAAGGCUGCUCAAGAUGUUAUGUUUGAGCGAGACUAUGUGGUCGUUGAGCGGAGACAUGUUGAGGUGAACGCCCUGGCAGAUGAACUGGCGGCGAACGAGAAGAUGAGUCCCCGAGCUGGCCAGAUGGCGAGACGCUCGACCCAACAAGGUACCCCGACUUCGACCACGGGCGCCAUCCCGACGCCAUCGCGCACCGAACUGGUUGCCCGGGGUCACGCAAGUCACGAUCGGCGAUCAUCUUACGAGAAGGCAUUGUCCUCAAGCCCCGGCUCGGCGUCAAGUGCCAUAUCAAAGGCCAUACAAGACGCGAGCCUGCGGCUGUUCGGGUUCAAGGUACCUCAUAUCUUGGGACAAAAGGGGCAAUCCCCGCCUAUGUAUCAGGCUUUCCCUGCCUAUCCCAUUCCAGCAACAACUGGGGCUAUCGGCGACGUCAGGACGUCACAUGCCGCUGACGAAGAUGCGAUGGCAGCGCACACCAUCGAGGAGCUAGCGACGCGAAGCGACUGUGUAUAUGGGUUCGCCGAAGUAAAGUACAAGCAGUUGGUUCCUAUGGCUCCUUCGGCGGAGCGCGGCCUAGGCGGAGCCGACGUUGACCAGCUGAACCCAGUCGAGGAUGGGCUAACUGUUGAGGCUGUCGUGUCACUUUCCGAAGAGGCUCUCGUUCUCUAUGUCAAGUCACUGACUCUGCUUGCCCGAGCCAUGGACAUUGCUAGCAUGUGGUGGUCAAAGAGGAGUCGUGGCGAGACAUCGAGUGGACUUAGCAGUGCUGUCGCACAGACAAUUGUGCAGCGCAUCAACGCUGUUGUGCAAUGGGUCCGGCAACGGUUCAACGAGGUGCUUGAGAAGUCGGAAGUCGUUCGCCUCAGAUUGACCGAGUCACAGCGGGGAUUGCCUGAAGACCAUCCCAGUCAUCCAUCCAACCAAGGACACGAGUCCACCACAUCGGCCGCGGGUAGUACAGGAGUCAAAGACGUCUACCUCACCCCCGGAAUCAGUGCGGAAAAGCUGAUGUAUGACCGCGCUCUUGAAAUGAGCCGAGCGGCCGCCAUCGACGAAGUAACCAACGAGAAUUUGGGGGGCUGCGAGCUGUCGUAUGUGACCGCGAUUCGCAUGCUGGAGGCCGUGGUGGACAGUGACGAGGACAGCUCGAAGAAGAUCAUGGCUGGCAAAGAACCCGCGAAAGAUGUUGCGCCCGACAUUGACAGUGAUGAGGAGCAACAUAUUCGCAAGAUGGUCAAAAUGAUCUCGGGAAGGCUUGCUAAGGUUCGCCAGAAGCAACAAAUGAUAGCGGAUGCGAACAAGCCCCAGAGAACGCACUCGCCAACGACACGAGGGGCGAGCGGAGAUGUGACGCCACGUAGUGUGCCUCAUCUUGAGGCAUCACCGAGACCGAUUUGAGCCCCGUCGUCCUCUCACGAGUGAGAAUGACGGGUGCUCCUGAUACCAUUGUUAUUGUUUC